AUGAAACAGGAAGACAACACACAAGAGCUGUCACCAGACAAUGUGUAUCGUAAAGCUUUGGGUAAACUUCUUUAUAUUAGCACACUGUCUAGACCGGAUAUUGGUUCAGCUGUGGGCAUACUGUGUAGAAAGACUGCUUUACCAACUAACAAAGACUGGAAUGCUGUUAGGAGACUUGUUAGGUACCUAAAGGGUACUGCAUAUUAUAAGCUUAAGCUGCCAGCUAAUGAAAGGCCUAAACUUGUGGUAUAUGUAGAUGCAGACUGGGGUGGAGACAUGAAAAGCAGAGAGUGCACCAGAGUACACAUAUUUUUCUAUGGAGGUGGAGCCAUAAGCUGGCUGAGCAAGAAGCAAGACAUCAUAGCACUGUCCAGCACAGAGGCUAAGUACGUGUCAGCAGCACAAGGGUGCCAAGAAAUACAGUGGCUACGCAGAUUGCUAACAGACUUAGGCAUGGAUACAUCUGAACCCACAGAGGUGAAAAAAGACAAUCAGAGCUGCAUAUCCCUAGCAGAACAGGAAGAUAUAAACAUGUGA